UCGGGCGCCACUCCUCUGUGGUGUGACUCGGCCGCCACUCCUCUGCGGUGUGAGUCGGGCGCCACUCCUCUGUGGUGUGACUCGGGCGCCACUCCUCUGUGGUGUGACUCGGGCGCCACUCCUCUGUGAUUCGGGCGCCACUCCUCUGUGGUGUGACUCGGCCGCCACUCCUCUGCGGUGUGAGUCGGGCGCCACUCCUCUGUGGUGUGACUCGGGCUCCACUCCUCUGUGGUGUGAGUCGGGCGCCACUCCUCUGUGGUGUGACUCGGGCGCCACUCCUCUGUGGUGUGACUCGGGCGCCACUCCUCUGUGGUGUGACUCGGGCGCCACUCCUCUGUGGUGUGAGUCGGGCGCCACUCCUCUGUGGUGUGACUCUGGCGCCACUCCUCUGGGGUGUGACUCGGGCGCCACUCCUCUGUGGUGUGACUCGGGCGCCACUUCUCUGUGGUGUGACUCGGGCGCCACUCCUCUGUGGUGUGACUCGGGCGCCACUCCUCUGUGGUGUGACUCGGGCGCCACUCCUCUGUGGUGUGACUCGGGCUCCACUCCUCUGCGGUGUGAGUCGGGCGCCACUCCUCUGCGGUGUGACUCGGGCGCCACUCCUCUGCGGUGUGAGUCGGGCGCCACUCCUCUGUGGUGUGAGGCGGGCGCCACUCCUCUGUGGUGUGACUCGGGCGCCACUCCUCUGUGGUGUGACUCGGGCGCCACUCCUCUGUGGUGUGACUCGGGCGCCACUCCUCUGGGGUGUGAGUCGGGCGCCACUCCUCUGCGGUGUGAGUCGGGCGCCACUCCUCUGCGGUGUGACUCGGGCGCCACUCCUCUGUGGUGUGACUCGGGCGCCACUCCUCUGUGGUGUGAGGCGGGCGCCACUCCUCUGCGGUGUGAGUCGGGCGCCACUCCUCUGUGGUGUGAGUCGGGCGCCACUCCUCUGUGGUGUGACUCGGGCGCCACUCCUCUGUGGUGUGACUCUGGCGCCACUCCUCUGGGGUGUGACUCGGGCGCCACUCCUCUGUGGUGUGACUCGGGCGCCACUUCUGUGUGGAGUGACUCGGGCGCCACUUCUCUGUGGUGUGAGUCGGGCGCCACUCCUCAGUGGUGUGACUCGGGCGCCACUCCACUGCGGUGUGAGUCGGGCGCCACUCCUCUGUGGUGUGACUCGGGCGCCACUCCUCUGUGGUGUGAGUCGGGCGCCACUCCUCUGUGGUGUGACUCGGGCGCCACUCCUCUGUGGUGUGAGUCGGGCGCCACUCCUCUGUGGUGUGAGUCGGGCGCCACUCCUCUGUGGUGUGACUCGGGCGCCACUCCUCUGUGGUGUGACUCGGGCGCCACUCCUCUGUGGUGUGACUCGGGCGCCACUCCUCUGUGGUGUGAGUCGGGCGCCACUCCUCUGUGGUGUGACUCGGGCGCCACUCCUCUGUGGUGUGACUCGGGCGCCACUCCUCUGUGGUGUGAGUCGGGCGCCACUCCUCUGUGGUGUGACUCGGGCGCCACUCCUCUGUGGUGUGACUCGGGCGCCACUCCUCUGUGGUGUGGCUCGGGCGCCACUCCUCUGUGGUGUGACUCGGGUGCCACUCCUCUGUGGUGUGACUCGGGCGCCACUCCUCUGUGGUGUGACUCGGGCGCCACUCCUCUGUGGUGUGAGUCGGGCGCCACUCCUCUGUGGUGUGACUCGGGCGCCACUCCUCUGUGGUGUGAGUCGGGCGCCACUCCUCUGUGGUGUGACUCUGGCGCCACUCCUCUGGGGUGUGACUCGGGCGCCACUCCUCUGUGGUGUGACUCGGGCGCCACUUCUCUGUGGUGUGACUCGGGCGCCACUCCUCUGUGGUGUGACUCGGGCGCCACUCCUCUGUGGUGUGACUCGGGCGCCACUCCUCUGUGGUGUGACUCGGGCUCCACUCCUCUGCGGUGUGAGUCGGGCGCCACUCCUCUGCGGUGUGACUCGGGCGCCACUCCUCUGCGGUGUGAGUCGGGCGCCACUCCUCUGUGGUGUGAGGCGGGCGCCACUCCUCUGUGGUGUGACUCGGGCGCCACUCCUCUGUGGUGUGACUCGGGCGCCACUCCUCUGUGGUGUGACUCGGGCGCCACUCCUCUGGGGUGUGAGUCGGGCGCCACUCCUCUGCGGUGUGAGUCGGGCGCCACUCCUCUGCGGUGUGACUCGGGCGCCACUCCUCUGUGGUGUGACUCGGGCGCCACUCCUCUGUGGUGUGAGGCGGGCGCCACUCCUCUGCGGUGUGAGUCGGGCGCCACUCCUCUGUGGUGUGAGUCGGGCGCCACUCCUCUGUGGUGUGACUCGGGCGCCACUCCUCUGUGGUGUGACUCUGGCGCCACUCCUCUGGGGUGUGACUCGGGCGCCACUCCUCUGUGGUGUGACUCGGGCGCCACUUCUGUGUGGAGUGACUCGGGCGCCACUUCUCUGUGGUGUGAGUCGGGCGCCACUCCUCAGUGGUGUGACUCGGGCGCCACUCCACUGCGGUGUGAGUCGGGCGCCACUCCUCUGUGGUGUGACUCGGGCGCCACUCCUCUGUGGUGUGAGUCGGGCGCCACUCCUCUGUGGUGUGACUCGGGCGCCACUCCUCUGUGGUGUGAGUCGGGCGCCACUCCUCUGUGGUGUGAGUCGGGCGCCACUCCUCUGUGGUGUGACUCGGGCGCCACUCCUCUGUGGUGUGACUCGGGCGCCACUCCUCUGUGGUGUGACUCGGGCGCCACUCCUCUGUGGUGUGAGUCGGGCGCCACUCCUCUGUGGUGUGACUCGGGCGCCACUCCUCUGUGGUGUGACUCGGGCGCCACUCCUCUGUGGUGUGAGUCGGGCGCCACUCCUCUGUGGUGUGACUCGGGCUCCACUCCUCUGUGGUGUGACUCGGGCGCCACUCCUCUGUGGUGUGGCUCGGGCGCCACUCCUCUGUGGUGUGACUCGGGUGCCACUCCUCUGUGGUGUGACUCGGGCGCCACUCCUCUGUGGUGUGACUCGGGCGCCACUCCUCUGUGGUGUGAGUCGGGCGCCACUCCUCUGUGGUGUGACUCGGGCGCCACUCCUCUGUGGUGUGACUCGGGCGCCACUCCUCUGUGGUGUGACUCGGGCGCCACUCCUCUGUGGUGUGACUCGGGCGCCACUCCUCUGUGGUGUGACUCGGGCGCCACUCCUCUGUGGUGUGACUCGGGCGCCACUCCUCUGUGGUGUGACUCGGGCGCUACUCCUCUGCGGUGUGACUCGGGCGCCACUCCUGUGUGGUGUGAGUCGGGCGCCACUCCUCUGUGGUGUGACUCGGGCGCCACUUCUCUGUGGUGUGACUCGGGCGCCACUCCUCUGUGGUGUGACUCGGGCGCCACUCCUCUGUGGUGUGACUCGGGCGCCACUCCUCUGUGGUGUGACUCGGGCUCCACUCCUCUGCGGUGUGAGUCGGGCGCCACUCCUCUGCGGUGUGACUCGGGCGCCACUCCUCUGUGGUGUGACUCGGGCGCCACUCCUCUGUGGUGUGACUCGGGCGCCACUCCUCUGUGGUGUGACUCUGGCGCCACUCCUCUGGGGUGUGAGUCGGGCGCCAUUCCUCUGCGGUGUGAGUCGGGCGCCACUCCUCUGCGGUGUGACUCGGGCGCCACUCCUCUGUGGUGUGACUCGGGCGCCACUCCUCUGUGGUGUGAGGCGGGCGCCACUCCUCUGCGGUGUGAGUCGGGCGCCACUCCUCUGUGGUGUGAGUCGGGCGCCACUCCUCUGUGGUGUGACUCGGGCGCCACUCCUCUGUGGUGUGACUCUGGCGCCACUCCUCUGGGGUGUGACUCGGGCGCCACUCCUCUGUGGUGUGACUCGGGCGCCACUUCUGUGUGGUGUGACUCGGGCGCCACUUCUCUGUGGUGUGAGUCGGGCGCCACUCCUCUGUGGUGUGACUCGGGCGCCACUCCUCUGCGGUGUGAGUCGGGCGCCACUCCUCUGUGGUGUGACUCGGGCGCCACUCCUCUGUGGUGUGAGUCGGGCGCCACUCCUCUGUGGUGUGACUCGGGCGCCACUCCUCUGUGGUGUGAGUCGGGCGCCACUCCUCUGUGGUGUGAGUCGGGCGCCACUCCUCUGUGGUGUGACUCGGGCGCCACUCCUCUGUGGUGUGACUCGGGCGCCACUCCUCUGUGGUGUGACUCGGGCGCCACUCCUCUGUGGUGUGACUCGGGCGCCACUCCUCUGCGGUGUGACUCGGGCGCCACUCCUCUGUGGUGUGACUCGGGCGCCACUCCUCUGCGGUGUGACUCGGGCGCCACUCCUCUGUGGUGUGACUCGGGCGCCACUCCUCUGUGGUGUGACUCGGGCGCCACUCCUCUGUGGUGUGACUCGGGCGCCACUCCUCUGUGGUGUGACUCGGGCGCCACUCCUCUGUGGUGUGAGUCGGGCGCCACUCCUCUGUGGUGUGACUCGGGCUCCACUCCUCUGUGGUGUGAGUCGGGCGCCACUCCUCUGUGGUGUGAGUCGGGCGCCACUCCUCUGUGGUGUGACUCGGGCGCCACUCCUCUGUGGUGUGACUCGGGCGCCACUCCUCUGUGGUGUGAGUCGGGCGCCACUCCUCUGUGGUGUGACUCGGGCGCCACUCCUCUGUGGUGUGACUCGGGCGCCACUCCUCUGUGGUGUGAGUCGGGCGCCACUCCUCUGUGGUGUGACUCGGGCGCCACUCCUCUGUGGUGUGACUCGGGCGCCACUCCUCUGUGGUGUGAGUCGGGCGCCACUCCUCUGUGGUGUGACUUGGGCUCCACUCCUCUGUGGUGUGAGUCGGGCGCCACUCCUCUGUGGUGUGACUCGGGCGCCACUCCUCUGUGGUGUGACUCGGGCGCCACUCCUCUGUGGUGUGACUCGGGCGCCACUCCUCUGUGGUGUGAGUCGGGCGCCACUCCUCUGUGGUGUGACUCGGGCGCCACUCCUCUGUGGUGUGACUUGGGCUCCACUCCUCUGUGGUGUGACUCGGGCGCCACUCCUCUGUGGUGUGACUCGGGCGCCACUCCUCUGCGGUGUGACUCGGGCGCCACUCCUCUGUGGUGUGACUCGGGCGCCACUCCUCUGGGGUGUGAGUCGGGCGCCACUCCUCUGCGGUGUGAGUCGGGCGCCACUCCUCUGCGGUGUGACUCGGGCGCCACUCCUCUGUGGUGUGACUCGGGCGCCACUCCUCUGUGGUGUGAGGCGGGCGCCACUCCUCUGCGGUGUGAGUCGGGCGCCACUCCUCUGUGGUGUGAGUCGGGCGCCACUCCUCUGUGGUGUGACUCGGGCGCCACUCCUCUGUGGUGUGACUCUGGCGCCACUCCUCUGGGGUGUGACUCGGGCGCCACUCCUCUGUGGUGUGACUCGGGCGCCACUUCUGUGUGGUGUGACUCGGGCGCCACUUCUCUGUGGUGUGAGUCGGGCGCCACUCCUCUGUGGUGUGACUCGGGCGCCACUCCUCUGCGGUGUGAGUCGGGCGCCACUCCUCUGUGGUGUGACUCGGGCUCCACUCCUCUGUGGUGUGAGUCGGGCGCCACUCCUCUGUGGUGUGACUCGGGCGCCACUCCUCUGUGGUGUGACUCGGGCGCCACUCCUCUGUGGUGUGACUCGGGCGCCACUCCUCUGUGGUGUGAGUCGGGCGCCACUCCUCUGUGGUGUGACUCUGGCGCCACUCCUCUGGGGUGUGACUCGGGCGCCACUCCUCUGUGGUGUGACUCGGGCUCCACUCCUCUGUGGUGUGAGUCGGGCGCCACUCCUCUGUGGUGUGAGCCGGGCGCCACUCCUCUGUGGUGUGACUCUGGCGCCACUCCUCUGUGGUGUGACUCUGGCGCCACUCCUCUGUGGUGUGACUCGGGCUCCACUCCUCUGUGGUGUGAGUCGGGCGCCACUCCUCUGUGGUGUGACUCGGGCGCCACUCCUCUGUGGUGUGACUCGGGCGCCACUCCUCUGUGGUGUGACUCGGGCGCCACUCCUCUGUGGUGUGACUCGGGCUCCACUCCUCUGUGGUGUGACUCGGGCGCCACUCCUCUGUGGUGUGACUCGGCGCCACUCCUCUGCGGUUCGGGCGCCACUCCUCUGCGGUGUGAGUCGGGCGCCACUCCUCUGCGGUGUGACUCGGGCGCCACUCCUCUGUGGUGUGACUCGGGCGCCACUCCUCUGUGGUGUGAGGCGGGCGCCACUCCUCUGCGGUGUGAGUCGGGCGCCACUCCUCUGUGGUGUGAGUCGGGCGCCACUCCUCUGUGGUGUGACUCGGGCGCCACUCCUCUGUGGUGUGACUCUGGCGCCACUCCUCUGGGGUGUGACUCGGGCGCCACUCCUCUGUGGUGUGACUCGGGCGCCACUUCUGUGUGGUGUGACUCGGGCGCCACUUCUCUGUGGUGUGAGUCGGGCGCCACUCCUCUGUGGUGUGACUCGGGCGCCACUCCUCUGCGGUGUGAGUCGGGCGCCACUCCUCUGUGGUGUGACUCGGGCUCCACUCCUCUGUGGUGUGAGUCGGGCGCCACUCCUCUGUGGUGUGACUCGGGCGCCACUCCUCUGUGGUGUGACUCGGGCGCCACUCCUCUGUGGUGUGACUCGGGCGCCACUCCUCUGUGGUGUGAGUCGGGCGCCACUCCUCUGUGGUGUGACUCUGGCGCCACUCCUCUGGGGUGUGACUCGGGCGCCACUCCUCUGUGGUGUGACUCGGGCGCCACUUCUCUGUGGUGUGACUCGGGCGCCACUCCUCUGUGGUGUGACUCGGGCGCCACUCCUCUGUGGUGUGACUCGGGCUCCACUCCUCUGCGGUGUGAGUCGGGCGCCACUCCUCUGCGGUGUGACUCGGGCGCCACUCCUCUGCGGUGUGAGUCGGGCGCCACUCCUCUGUGGUGUGAGGCGGGCGCCACUCCUCUGUGGUGUGACUCGGGCGCCACUCCUCUGUGGUGUGACUCGGGCGCCACUCCUCUGUGGUGUGACUCGGGCGCCAAUCCUCUGGGGUGUGAGUCGGGCGCCACUCCUCUGCGGUGUGAGUCGGGCGCCACUCCUCUGCGGUGUGACUCGGGCGCCACUCCUCUGUGGUGUGACUCGGGCGCCACUCCUCUGUGGUGUGAGGCGGGCGCCACUCCUCUGUGGUGUGAGUCGGGCGCCACUCCUCUGUGGUGUGACUCGGGCGCCACUCCUCUGUGGUGUGAGUCGGGCGCCACUCCUCUGUGGUGUGACUCGGGCUCCACUCCUCUGUGGUGUGAGUCGGGCGCCACUCCUCUGUGGUGUGACUCGGGCGCCACUCCUCUGUGGUGUGACUCGGGCGCCACUCCUCUGUGGUGUGACUCGGGCGCCACUCCUCUGUGGUGUGAGUCGGGCGCCACUCCUCUGUGGUGUGACUCGGGCGCCACUCCUCUGUGGUGUGACUCGGGCGCCACUCCUCUGUGGUGUGAGUCGGGCGCCACUCCUCUGUGGUGUGACUCGGGCGCCACUCCUCUGUGGUGUGAGUCGGGCGCCACUCCUCUGUGGUGUGAGUCGGGCGCCACUCCUCUGUGGUGUGACUCGGGCGCCACUCCUCUGUGGUGUGACUCGGGCGCCACUCCUCUGUGGUGUGACUCGGGCGCCACUCCUCUGUGGUGUGAGUCGGGCGCCACUCCUCUGUGGUGUGACUCGGGCGCCACUCCUCUGUGGUGUGACUCGGGCGCCACUCCUCUGUGGUGUGAGUCGGGCGCCACUCCUCUGUGGUGUGACUCGGGCGCCACUCCUCUGUGGUGUGACUCGGGCGCCACUCCUCUGUGGUGUGGCUCGGGCGCCACUCCUCUGUGGUGUGACUCGGGUGCCACUCCUCUGUGGUGUGACUUGGGCGCCACUCCUCUGUGGUGUGACUCGGGCGCCACUGCUCUGUGGUGUGAGUCGGGCGCCACUCCUCUGUGGUGUGACUCGGGCGCCACUCCUCUGUGGUGUGAACUCCUCUGUGGUGUGACUCGGGCGCCACUCCUCUGUGGUGUGAGUCGGGCGCCACUCCUCUGUGGUGUGACUCGGGCGCCACUCCUCUGUGGUGUGACUCGGGCGCCACUCCUCUGUGGUGUGGCUCGGGCGCCACUCCUCUGUGGUGUGACUCGGGUGCCACUCCUCUGUGGUGUGACUCGGGCGCCACUCCUCUGUGGUGUGACUCGGGCGCCACUGCUCUGUGGUGUGAGUCGGGCGCCACUCCUCUGUGGUGUGACUCGGGCGCCACUCCUCUGUGGUGUGAACUCCUCUGUGCCGGGCGCCACUCCUCUGUGGUGUGACUCUGGCGCCACUCCUCUGUGGUGUGACUCUGGCGCCACUCCUCUGUGGUGUGACUCGGGCUCCACUCCUCUGUGGUGUGAGUCGGGCGCCACUCCUCUGUGGUGUGACUCGGGCGCCACUCCUCUGUGGUGUGAGUCGGGCGCCACUCCUCUGUGGUGUGACUCGGGCGCCACUCCUCUGUGGUGUGACUCGGGCGCCACUCCUCUGUGGUGUGACUCGGGCGCCACUCCUCUGUGGUGUGACUCGGGCGCCACUCCUCUGCGGUGUGACUCGGGCGCCACUCCUCUGUGGUGUGACUCGGGCGCCACUCCUCUGCGGUGUGACUCGGGCGCCACUCUUCUGUGGUGUGACUCGGGCGCCACUCCUCUGUGGUGUGACUCGGGCGCCACUCCUCUGUGGUGUGAGUCGGGCGCCACUCCUCUGUGGUGUGACUCGGGCGCCACUUCUCUGUGGUGUGAGUCGGGCGCCACUCCUCUGUGGUGUGACUCGGGCGCCACUCCUCUGCGGUGUGAGUCGGGCGCCACUCCUCUGUCGUGUGACUCGGGCGCCACUCCUCUGUGGUGUGAGUCGGGCGCCACUCCUCUGUGGUGUGACUCGGGCGCCACUCCUCUGUGGUGUGAGUCGGGCGCCACUCCUGUGUGGUGUGAGUCGGGCGCCACUCCUCUGUGGUGUGACUCGGGCGCCACUUCUCUGUGGUGUGACUCGGGCGCCACUCCUCUGUGGUGUGACUCGGGCGCCACUCCUCUGUGGUGUGACUCGGGCGCCACUCCUCUGUGGUGUGACUCGGGCUCCACUCCUCUGCGGUGUGAGUCGGGCGCCACUCCUCUGCGGUGUGACUCGGGCGCCACUCCUCUGCGGUGUGAGUCGGGCGCCACUCCUCUGUGGUGUGAGGCGGGCGCCACUCCUCUGUGGUGUGACUCGGGCGCCACUCCUCUGUGGUGUGACUCGGGCGCCACUCCUCUGUGGUGUGACUCGGGCGCCACUCCUCUGGGGUGUGAGUCGGGCGCCACUCCUCUGCGGUGUGAGUCGGGCGCCACUCCUCUGCGGUGUGACUCGGGCGCCACUCCUCUGUGGUGUUACUCGGGCGCCACUCCUCUGUGGUGUGAGGCGGGCGCCACUCCUCUGCGGUGUGAGUCGGGCGCCACUCCUCUGUGGUGUGAGUCGGGCGCCACUCCUCUGUGGUGUGACUCGGGCGCCACUCCUCUGUGGUGUGACUCUGGCGCCACUCCUCUGGGGUGUGACUCGGGCGCCACUCCUCUGUGGUGUGACUCGGGCGCCACUUCUGUGUGGUGUGACUCGGGCGCCACUUCUCUGUGGUGUGAGUCGGGCGCCACUCCUCUGUGGUGUUACUCGGGCGCCACUCCUCUGCGGUGUGAGUCGGGCGCCACUCCUCUGUGGUGUGACUCGGGCGCCACUCCUCUGUGGUGUGAGUCGGGCGCCACUCCUCUGUGGUGUGAGUCGGGCGCCACUCCUCUGUGGUGUGAGUCGGGCGCCACUCCUCUGUGGUGUGAGUCGGGCGCCACUCCUCUGUGGUGUGACUCGGGCGCCACUCCUCUGUGGUGUGACUCGGGCGCCACUCCUCUGUGGUGUGACUCGGGCGCCACUCCUCUGUGGUGUGAGUCGGGCGCCACUCCUCUGUGGUGUGACUCGGGCGCCACUCCUCUGUGGUGUGACUCGGGCGCCACUCCUCUGUGGUGUGACUCGGGCGCCACUCCUCUGUGGUGUUACUCGGGCUCCACUCCUCUGCGGUGUGAGUCGGGCGCCACUCCUCUGCGGUGUGACUCGGGCGCCACUCCUCUGCGGUGUGAGUCGGGCGCCACUCCUCUGGGGUGUGAGGCGGGCGCCACUCCUCUGUGGUGUGACUCGGGCGCCACUCCUCUGCGGUGUGACUCGGGCGCCACUCCUUUGCGGUGUGACUCGGGCGCCACUCCUCUGUGGUGUGAGUCGGGCGCCACUCCUCUGCGGUGUGACUCGGGCGCCACUCCUCUGUGGUGUGAGGCGGGCGCCACUCCUCUGGCACGCCACAGGGUAGGGCGCAUCCAUCCCACCGCUGCCACCAGCACCCUGUGGCUCGCCUCACAGAAGCCAUUCUCCGUUCCCUCACCUACCCGUUCCACUCACUCCCCCAUCCCAUCAGAACCGGCGGCGCAGAGAGAGGGAGCUCUUCCGCGGGCGCCUCCGUGCCGUGGCAGCAACAAGCGCAUCGCAUGGGAGCUACGAGUGGACGUGGGUGCCCUAGACGCCACUCUCCACCUCGCCUUCCACCGCUCCACCGCCAGCCUCUGGCAGCACGCCGGCCGGGCAGGCCGCAGGGAAAAGGCCGCUGCCAGCUGGACAGAGAAUCCCCUGGUGAUGCGGCAGCAGCUGCAGUGCGCUGCAGCGGAGAUGCCGCUUCUGGAGGAUGUGGAUGGGAGGUUCUUUGGCCCGUCAUUGGCCGAGAGGAUUGCUGAGCUGGCAGGGAGGGGUGCGCUCGGGAGGAGUCCGGAGAAUCCCAAGGUGGACCGUGGGUGGAGGUAUAUUGGGGCGGGGAAGCGGCCGGCGCAGUUUGUCCCGGUGCGGGCGAUCGACUCGAACACGUAUGCGGUGGUGGGGGCGAGGACUGGGAGGGUGCUGGAGGAGAUUCGAAGAGAGCAAGGCAUUCUUUGCGGCUACGAGGGCAACUCCCUCGUCCCGAUAGGGACCGGCACUGGCGACGUCAACGACAUGGUUACAAAGUGCGAGGACAACAACAUUCUGUACGGUUUGCUACGAUUGGUCAAGAUGGACGACGGCGGCGACUCGAAGCGCGUGAAGUUCGUCUUCAUCACGUGGGUCGGCGAGAGCGCGUCGCCGCUCAAGAAGGGGAAGGUCGCUCUUCACAAGAAGGAUUGCGCAACUCUAUUUAAGGGCUUCCAUAUUGAGAAGCAGUUGUACGAGAGGGAGGCCCUGGCGAGCCUGCAGAAGGAUAUUGAUGACACGCUGAAGAUGGCGGGCGGUGCCAACUACGACAUGGGGAACAUCCGCAUGGGCGUGCAGGCCGGCAACUCCGACAGCUACAAGUCCUUGUCGAAGAAGUUUUUCCAGGAGAAGGAAGCAGAGACGAAUAUCAAGAAUAUUGUGUACAACAAGGGUCCUCUGAACAAGGGUAUCACGGCAUGCGAUCUUGGCGGCCGGCAAUUUGUGGCCUCACAUGCGGAUGCCAAGAAGAACAUCAAGGGUUAUGAAAGCCCAAUGAGGGGCAGCCCAUCUGGUGCUAAGGGAUAG